AUGGUUCUGGUCACGCCACCUGUGAGUAAGGGCGGGAACGCGGGCGGCUGCUUCAUGGAUCAGUACCAGCAGUACUCGGCCCACUGUGAGACCGCGGACAGUGGCAAUGGCAGUGACCUGGAGAGCACCGGAGUGCCCACCAAACCGGAUGACAGCGAGGAGAGUGGCCCCUCCUCCCUGGGCAGCGACUCGAUGCACGGGAGCAGCACGGAGUACGUGAGGCAGGCGGCCUCGCAGCCCAGUGGUCAGCGGCAGCGGCAGAAGUCCCUGAGGGUCCUGGGCGCCCUGCUGCCCGACAGCCUGCUCAGGGACAUUCGCGACCGUAGGAGCACCGAGUACGUGGUGACCUUCUCCCAGACGGAGGAGGAGGAGAAGAUCCCAGUUCCAGACAAGAUCCCGGAGAAAUCAAGUCCGUUUCGGCUGGCCCGCGAGUCGCUGAGCGAGGAGAAAAUCGAGGAGCUGCGGGCCGCCGUGGAGCGGGCCAACUUUGUGCAAACCGGUGAGGAGCCACUGGACAGCAUCGAUGCCACCUCGCUGUCUCUGCCAGCCAGCAGCAACAUCGGCGGACACCGCAGCAACAUCAGCUACAAGUAUGCAGACGACCAAUACUACAGCUUUCACAUUAACGAGCACGAGAACUUUGGCGGGUUCUCGAGAAACCGAGACGAGGUGGACGAGGCAGGGUCCGAGAGCGGGAUCCUAACGGAACAGCAAGACCUCUUCGCCGGCUACCGGGAUGUGCGAUGUGGGGCCAGUUCCACGCAGUCCACCAUCAGAUCCGCCAAGGGAACGGUGCGGGGCGUCAAGAACCGUGUGCGCAAUGGAAUAGCCACGUUCUUGCAGCUCCAGCAGCAGCCCAAUGCCAAGAACUUCAAGGAGAAAGACCUCGGGAAGGUGGUGCUGUACACCACCAGCAUGGGCAUCAUCCGCGAGACCUACACGAAGUGCGCCAACGUGAAGCAGAUCCUGCGCACCCUGCUGGUCAAGUUCGAGGAGCGGGACGUGUUCAUGAGCGUGGAGUACCAGGCGGAGAUGCGCCAGCGGAUGCGGAGCGGCCAGGUGCGGGUGCCGCAGCUCUAUGUGGAGGGCCAGCACAUCGGGGACGCCGAGACCGUGGAGCGGCUGAACGAGUCCGGCGAGCUGCGGCAGCUGCUCAAGCCCUACAAGUCCAUGGCCAGCACAUUCACCUGCCAGACCUGCGGCGGCUACCGCCUGCUGCCCUGCCCCUCAUGCAACGGCUCCAAGAAGUCCGUGCACCGCAACCACUUCACGGCCGAGUUCGUCGCCCUCAAGUGCAUGAACUGCGACGAGGUGGGCCUGGUCAAGUGCCACAGCUGUUGA